AUGAACGGGUUACCACAACAGCCAUGGCACUCGGAACUCAACCCGAAGGAACGACAGGGCUUCAUAAACAUUAUUGUACAGUCAGUCUUCCAAAUACAGGGCAAUAAUUCCUUUAAUAACGCUAAGACCAAACAGUUGGCUGAAGACUUUGAAAAAUGGGCGUUCAGCAAUGCUAGAUCAAAGAAGGAGUACGUUGACAUGUUGAGAAACAAAGUAUCCAGCAUCAAGCAGGCUGCGGUUAACGGUCGUUCCUCCAUGGCCGCUAAUGCCCCUGACCCUGCAGCUACUCUGAACGGAAUGCAGAGCAUGGGUCAACAGAAUAUUCCCGUUCAACCACAAAUGCAGCAACAUCAACAGCAAAACCAGUAUAUGAAAAAUAAUCAGCAACAGCAACCGCAACAACAACAGCAACAACAGCAACCGCAGCGUCCCAUGAUGAAUAAUUUCUCCAAUGACCAAAGAGUCAAUCUUAAAACUGCCCCAAUACCUGAGGCUCUUUUGAAACGUAUUCCUGGGCUUCCAGUUGGCGUCAAUACCUGGGCUCAAAUAACCCAGAUGUUGCAGAAUGGGCAAAUAAAUCCUCAGCUGAUGAACACCAUUAAACAGGUUUACACGGUCCACUCGCAACUGUUACAAGCAAGAAGUCAUCAAGAUGCCAUGCAGAAACCACCCCAGCAACCCCAGGUACAGACCCAACCCCAAACACAACCCCAGCCACAAAGAGAUCAGAUGUUUAUGCAACAGAAUCGUAUGGCUAACAACCAACAGCACAUUCAACAACAAGCUCAGAAUCCUCAAUUCAAUUCCAAAUUGGUUCAAGGUCAGCAGCAGCAACAACCACAGCAGCCACCACAACAAUCUGCUACUCAGCAGCCACAACUUCAAAUAACACAAGAAAUGCUUAGGGAAGGUACUACGCAAGCAUUGAAUUUGAUUGAGAGGCUGAAACAAACUGGCGACUUGCCCCAAACAUUGGCGCCGGCCCAGCAACAAUCUUUCAUCAAAACGUUCAUUCAACGACAUUACCUACCACGAGUUCUACAAAACAAAAAUGCUACUGCAAAUCCUUCAAGCCAACAAGCGAACAAUCAAAACUCGGUUCCUCAAGCGGUUCCAGGCUUUCCUGGUCAAUCUGUGCCACUACAACAGGCACAGAAAUUUGUCAAUACGUCUCCCCUGAUGAACCAAACUUUGCCUACAACAUUCAACAAUGCAAGGCCUAUGCAAAAACCUCAGCAACAGAAACAACCUCAACAAUCUGUACCAUCAAAUUCUAUGUUCGGUGCACUUCCAAAUGCACAACAACCUGUGCCUAAUAUGCAUCAGCAGCAGCAAAAGCAACCUAUAAAGCUUUUACCUGGUAUCCAAGCUACAGAAGAGGAUUGGACUAAUUUAAGAAAAGUGUACGCAGAGGCUUUGCAACUACCAAUAAAGCUAAAAAAUGUGACAAACGAAAUCACACCUGAUCAGAAACGAGCUGUGCUGGAUCAGGCUAAGACUAUGAUCCAGCUCUCUAUCACAACAGAGAAUUUGAUUCCGAACUUUUUUAUUGCCACAAAGAAUGUUGAGGGUACAAGAAGGCUGAUUCAAAUCAAGUUCAUGCUGAAGGAAGUUUUAGAAAGUCUGAAGCGAAAUGAGUAUUUGGCGACUCCAAACAUUUUACAAAGAGUUCAAACUCAGAUUCACAAGUACAUUACUUACUUGAAAGAACUCCAGCAGCGCAAGUUUCAACAAUUACAAAAUGUUCAGUCUCUGCAACAACAACAGCAACAACAGCAGCAGACUUCUAAUCUCCAGCAAGUCCCCCAGAUGGGCCAGGGAAAUAAGCAGCUGCCAAAUAAUAUGCUCUACACGUCGCAGACAAAUCCUGACUCGCUCAUGGGUGGAUCAAAUGCUAACAACAUGUUUUCAGGUUUAGGGAUUCAAGACCCUUCUCUGAACAAUACUGCUGCAUUCAGUCAGCAACAGAGAGUCACCCCAGCUUCGGGACAGCAAUUAAACUCGUCUCCCUUGAUGCAGACACCUAUGCUCAAUCAAAACUCCUUGAUGCCUAACCAAAUCCAGCAGUUUCCACCCCAACAACAGCAGCAUCGGCAACAGCAACGCGCUCUUCCUCAGCAACGGUUGGCUCAGCAAGUUCAAACUUCCCCCAAUGCUAAACCUCAGCAGUAUAUGCAACAACUGCCUAAUAAUAUGCCCCAACCACAACAUUCACAACAACCCUAUCAAGCUUCAUUAGAACAGCAAGUACCGCAGCAGAUGCUGCAACAACCACAGCAACGUCAGCAGCUACAACAACAGGUACCUAUACAGCAAGUUCAGCAAGCUAAAAGAAAAGUCAAAUCAUCCGUAUCGGGACCUUCUACUGGCGCACCCGGUAAACAAGCCAAAGUGCAAGGUAAUAGGAUGGCUGCUACCAACGCUGCGGCUAAAUCAAGCCCUGUAGUGAUGGCAACUCCUAGCAGCGUUCAGUCACCAGAGAAUCUUGUAGCUACGAAAGAACAGAACGAGAUCCAAGCAAAGGAAGAAGCAGAGAGUGCCGCUAUUAAUACUUCUCGGAUGAGAAUAAAAGAAUUGGGACUUGAUGACCCUGCUUCUUAUUUCCUCUGCAUGUUAUCUCGCUCGUUGGACCUCAAAGAUGAGGAGACUCAACUACUAGACUCCAAGGAAAGCAAUUCUGUCAAGAAAGAUACUAUAUCUCAAAAGGGUAUAACUCCGUCCGCAAUCUUGCAGACUCCACUAUCUUUUAUCAAGACCCCAGGCUCGUCCCGACCCUUGGACUCUCCGUCUACCAGUAAAAAUGCCAACGAGUGGUCUAGCAAGGUUACGCCAGCUGCAAUCAAUGCAGUGUUCAGAGAUGUUUCGGCAAUCAGCAAGACGCUAUCGUUUGGAAUGUUGCCUACCCCUCCUGAAGAAAAUGAAGUUUUGAAGAGAUCAUCCGACGCCGACGAGGAACCCAGUAAGAAAGCUAAACUAGAGAACAAGUUGCAGAACUCGUUAUGGGACUUUGACUACGCGGAAGAACUUUUUGCAACAGACCAUUUAUCGCCUUAA